CUUUCCUACCUGAUUGGCUGCAGCACCAGGUGGGCGGAGUCUACGGAGCGCUCUCUACCGGUUUCCGGUAUGACCGUUGUUUGACAGAUCGGAACGGAUCAUCGCGUUCAGCGUCUGGCUUUGAUGGCCCAGCUGUGUAUUGAACUAGAAUGGGACAGAGUACAUCGGGCCCAGAGCCCCCAGAACCUCCAGAGGAAGGCUUUGGAAGCAUCAAGAGUUUAGUGGAGGAUCAGCUGCAGACAAGCAUGGUGGUGGGAAUAGUGAUCGGUGCUGGGGUCGCCAUCGUCCUCAUCGCGGCCCUCAUCUUUUUUGUCCUGCGUAGGAUACAGCAACGCAAACUGGAGGCUCAGGAAGCCCCCAAGUAUCGCUUUCGCAAACGGGACAAGGUCUUGUUUUACGGGAGAAAGAUUAUGAGGAAAGUUUCUCAGUCCACUUCUUCACUGGUUGGCUCCGCCUCCUCAUCCAGGCCACGCCUCAAAAAGAAACAAAAGAUGCUCAACAUUGCCAAAAAGAUUUUGCGCUUUAAGAAGGAGGUGCCCAUUCUACAGAUGAAGGAACCUCCUCCAUCUGUUCUGGAGGCGGAUCUUACGGAGUUUGAUGUGGCCAAUUCUCACCUGCCAUCGGAGGUGCUUUACAUGCUGAAAAACGUCCGGGUGUUGGGUCACUUCGAGAAGCCCUUGUUUCUGGAGCUAUGUAAGCACAUGGUGUUUCUGCAGUUCCAGCAGGGUGAAUACGUCUUCCGUCCCGGACAGCCUGAUAGCAGCAUAUACGUCGUGCAGGACGGCAAGCUGGAGCUCUGUCUCACUGCACUGGAUGGGAAGGAUGGAGUGGUUAAAGAGGUUUUCCCCGGAGACAGUGUUCACAGUCUUCUGAGCAUCCUUGAUGUCAUCACAGGUCACCAGAGAGCGUACAAAACCGUGUCGGCCAGAGCGGCGGAGGUGUCUACCGUCCUCAGGCUUCCCGUCGAAGCCUUUCUGUCGAUCUUUGAGAAAUACCCGGAGAGCCUUGUGCGAGUGGUGCAGAUCAUCAUGGUGCGUCUUCAGAGAGUCACUGUUUUGGCUCUGCACAACUAUCUGGGGCUCACCAAUGAACUUUUUAGUCACGACAUGCAGCCUCGUCCCUCUCCUGUCUCUCCUCAUCCGACACGCUCCAGCCCCAUACGGCACAGCAGACGCUUCGGCAGCCUCACCGUUCCCGACAAACACCGCGAUGCUGCUGUCCAAAGCGCUACAGCUGGGGAUCACGGGAGGGAUGGCGGCACAAUCCCGACCCUCAGCAGGACCAUAUCGAUGCCAGUGGAUAUCGCAGGUAUGCAAAAGAGUCUGCGGUCUGAUUUUGACAUGGCGUACGAGAGAGGUCGAAUUUCCGUAUCUGCCGAAGAAGGAGCACCUACUCUAUCCGUGUUCACUCGAGAGCAACGGGAGAGGAAGGUGACUGUAGAUGAAGUUCCGUCAGGCGUGUAUUUGUAUCCAGAGGAGGAGUCGGGUGUGGAAAAUGUUUAUGGGUCGUUUUCAGGACGACCAAACACUGCAGUAUUUGAGGAGGCCCAGAAAGAGAUGCUGAAACUUAUGAAGAUUGAGGACCCGCAGCUGUUAAAUGGACGGGUGACGCUUCAUCAUGCUAAAGCUGGAUCUGUUUUAGCCCGACAGGGUGACCAGGACGUGAGUCUGCACUUUGUCCUCUCUGGCUGCCUUCACGUCUAUCAGAAGAUGAUUGACAAACAGGAGGCAGUGUGUCUGUUUGUGACCCAGCCGGGCGAGAUGGUGGGUCAGCUGGCCGUUCUGACGGGAGAGCCCCUCAUCUUCACCAUAAGAGCUGAGCGAGACUGCACCUUUCUUAAGAUCUCCAAAUCUGACUUUUACGAGAUCAUGCGUGAGCAGCCGAGCGUAGUUCUCAGUGUGGCUCACACAGUGGCUACCCGCAUGUCACCGUUCGUACGGCAGAUGGAUUUCGCCAUCGAUUGGAUGGCUGUUGAAGCGGGGCGUGCCCUAUACAGACAGGACGAUCAGUCCGACUCCACGUAUAUCGUUCUGAAUGGACGACUGCGCUCCGUCAUACGGAAAGCAAAUGGCAAGAAGGAACUGGUUGGAGAGUACGGACGAGGAGAUCUCAUUGGAGUGGUGGAGGCUUUGACGCGUCAGCCCCGUGCCACCACGGUUCACGCGGUCAGAGACACAGAACUGGUAAAGCUUCCGGAAGGAACGCUCAACAAUAUCAAGAGAAGAUACCCGCAGGUGGUGACACGUUUAAUCCACCUGCUGGGGCAAAAGAUCCUGGGGAACCUUCAACAGGCCCGGGGGCCUUUCUCAAGCUCUGCACUGGGUCUUGCCAGCAUGGCGUCCAGUCCAGACGUCACUAACCCAGCUAGCAACCUGUCCACUGUCGCUGUACUUCCUGUUUGUGAUGAUGUGCCAAUCAAUGCCUUCAAUUUGGAGCUUAGCCACGCCCUCUACGCCAUAGGACCGACCCUGCUGCUGACCAGUGACAUCAUCAGAGAGAGACUAGGGGCUUCUGCUUUAGACAGUAUUCAUGAGUACAGGUUAUCGGGUUGGUUGGCUCAGCAGGAGGACAUCAAUCGUAUAGUCCUGUAUCAGACAGACAGUGGUAUGACCCCGUGGACUCAGCGAUGCAUUAGACAGGCUGACUGCAUCCUCAUUGUGGGGCUCGGAGACCAAGAACCUGCACUUGGAGAGUUGGAGCAGAUGUUGGAGAACACGGCAGUUCGAGCGCUGAAGCAGUUGAUCCUAUUGCAUCGUGAGGACGGUCCGGGCCCCUCUCGCACCGUGGAAUGGCUGAACAUGAGAAGCUGGUGCUCAGGACACCUUCACCUAAAGUGCCCUCGUAGAAUUUUCUCGCGAAGAAGCCCUUCCAAACUGAGAGAGGUGUAUGAAAAGGUUUUCGAGAAGACCGCAGACAGACACAGCGAUUUCUCGCGGCUGGCCAGAGUUCUUACAGGAAACAGCAUCGCCCUCGUGCUGGGUGGAGGCGGAGCGAGAGGCUGUUCUCAUGUUGGUGUUAUUAAAGCCAUGGAAGAUACAGGGAUUCCCAUCGACAUAGUGGGAGGAACGUCCAUCGGCUCGUUCAUCGGCGCUCUAUAUGCAGAGGAGAGAAGUGCUGUCCGGGUCAAGCAGAGGGCGAGAGAGUGGUCUAAGGCGAUGAACUCUGUGUUCAAAACGGUUCUUGAUCUGACUUAUCCAAUCACAUCAAUGUUCUCCGGCUCUGCCUUCAACACCAGCAUCUCCAAAGUCUUUGAGGACAAACAAAUUGAGGACUUGUGGCUUCCCUACUUCAACGUGACCACAGACAUCACAGCGUCUGCUAUGCGGGUUCAUAAAGAUGGCUGUGUUUGGCGCUAUGUUAGAGCCAGUGCCUCCUAUACCCCUUAUCUGCCUCCUCUCUGCGACCCUAAGGACGGUCACCUCCUCGUGGAUGGUUGCUAUGUUAACAAUGUCCCAGGCUCUCUGUGGCGUUAUGUCAGGGCGAGCAUGACCCUUUCCGGGUACCUGCCACCCCUCUGCGACCCCAAAGAUGGAAACCUGCUCAUGGAUGGAGGAUACAUCAACAACCUGCCAGCGGACAUAGCGCGUAACAUGGGUGCAAAAGCUGUCAUCGCCAUUGACGUGGGCAGCCAGGAUGAGACUGAUCUGUGUAACUAUGGCGACAGUCUUUCUGGCUGGUGGCUGCUGUGGAAACGAAUCAACCCGUGGGCAGAGAAAGUGAAGGUGCCUGAUAUGGCUGAAAUACAGUCACGUUUGGCCUACGUGUCCUGCGUACGGCAGCUGGAAGUGGUCAAAAAGAGCGCCUACUGUGAAUACAUCCGCCCACCCAUCGACCGCUUCAAGACCAUGGACUUUGGAAAAUUUGAUGAAAUCUAUGAUGUGGGGUACCAGCACGGUAAACUGGUGUUUACAGAGUGUGCCCGUGGUGACAUCAUUGAAAACAUGCUGAAGGACCAUAGAUCAGCGGAUUAUAAUGACAGCAAGAAGACCGAUUCCUGCACGUGUCCCAGUGCAGAUUUCACAGAUCUAGCCGAGAUAGUGUCGAGGAUUGAACCUGUGCAGAGCUUCCUAGGAGCCGAUGAAGAGUCCGAUUAUAACACUGAGUAUGAGGAGGACGGUAUGGACCCGGUACGAGAAGAGGAGGGUGAGGAAGAGGAGGAGGAAGAAGAGGGUGAAGACCCCGAUGACCAGUCUCCAGGAGAAUGGGGACCAAACGGCGUCUUCACGACGGAUGAGGAGAAUUCGGUCCGUCAGAGGAAGACCAUCACCAGGGGAUCCAAUGUCUCUGAUGUCUCAGAUUGCUGAUAGGAAACAGUGGAUGUAGAGGUCAAAGGUCAUUAAAACAAGUCGUAAAGCGCCGUCAGAAAUGUGACAAAAGGAUUCGUUGGGAAGUCACCAUAGAUGCUGUGAAACAGACCCGCUGACACUACAUUGUCCAUUACACGGUACCUUAACAAGGUCCCACUGGUGUCGCUUUGCCUUCGUUUGUUGGUGUGUUUUUUAUUGAGGUCUUGAAGACCGCAGUGGCAUGCUUCGGAGACUCUGGACCCACAAUAAGGAGAAACUGUACCACUGAAAUUCAGUUUUCAUUAUGUUUGAUAUCAAACAUCUCAGAUGACAAAUCUGACUUGACGUCUUGAGCAACGACCCGCAGACCAAUAUACUUUUGUUCCAUAACCUGCUUAACCUUCUGCUUCCGUACAUCACUAGUUCAGUAGGUCUGCUUUUGAAUUGAAUUUGAGUGGGAAUGUGUGCCUGUGUGAUCGGGAGAGUGACUGUGAAUGUUUCAGAUGAAUGGAGGUCAUGUUUGCUAAGAUGGUUGUGAAAGUAAAACGGUUUUAAGAAAUAUUUAAAGUAUUGAUGGAUUAAAAGGAAGGAAUAUCAUGGAACAUUUUGAUUUAAGCAAUGAAAUGUGGGAAGAAAUAACGGUGUAAAGGGAAGUAGAGGGUGAGGUAAGAAAAUGAGGUAGACGUGAGGUCAACUGUAAAAACUGAGAGAGAGAGAGAGAGAAGAGAAAGAGAGAGGAAAGAGUAGGCUAAGGUAGACAGUGUGAAUGAGGAAAUGAGGUAGAUGGUGAGAGAGUGAGGUAGACGUUGUAAAAGUGAGGAAUAAGAACUGAGUAACUUAUAAAAUUCUGUUUAUGCCAAAAAAUGUGUUGUAUGGCUUAUUGUGUGCGUCUAUGUUUAGCCUUUAAACGAAGAUCUACUUGUGCUUCAGGUCGUCAAGGUGAAUAACAAAACACCUGUAAUGAUAUUGAACAUGAAGAUAUAGACUGUCUCAAAGACCACAGCAGGUUUUCAUCGGUCAGUUGGUUUUGUGUUGUGUAAAGCCGCUGCCUCUUAUUUAUAAGAUUUCUUGCAACAGGUCCUACUAUACAUCCAAAUGUCAUUCAUCCUCAACCUGAACACCGUCUAUAAUCAACGUUUAACCCCCACUGAGAUGUACAGAGACAUCGACGCUUAUGCUUCGUCUCAGUGACUUCGCUGAGACGUUUGCUUUAAAUUGUCAGGAGAGUUGAAUGGAUUUGCCAAGUAUUUGAUUUAAUUUAUUUGUUUUAUUACUGGCUUUUUUUUAACGAUUUUUACCGAAAACAUAGAGAUGCAAAUGGUUUAUUACACAGAAGAGAGUUUCUUAUUUUGCUUGAUUAGCAUUUUUGCACUGAUGAAAAAUAUUCAUUUAGAAUGUCUAAUAUGAGAAUAAGAAAAGGUCAUGUGUGACUGUUGGAAGCCGUGGAAAUAAUUGUUGAAUUAAAAAAACUCUAAUGAAUAAAAUCUUAUUUAAUGUCA